AUGGCCACUCUCAAAGUACAGACAGCACUGCAGGACAAUUGGAUUCCCAAUGUGCCCUGUCGUGUGACAAAGCCGGUCCCAGCAAAGGCAGGAGGCCAAGUAAACCCACCCACUUUCGCAACAGUAACCGACGCCAAUGGAAAGCUUAAUAUCUUCUGGCUCUUACAAGGCGAGACUACGGACAAUCGCGUGCUCUACAAUGUCUGGUACGAUGACCUUCGACAGAGUUGGGUCGAAGAGGACACUACAUGGACUCCCUUAGACACCACUGCUCUGCACACUGGGUUCAUUAAAGCGGCUUUACAUCCUACACGCAAAUCAAUUUGCGUAUUGGCCACGAAUACAUUCAAUAUCAAUAUUGCCACACCGCCAAACGUUAACAUAAACAGGUAUUGCUACAUCUAUUAUAUUGAACUCAAUGGCCGCUAUCCGCGCUGGCAGACUGCCUCAAUCGGUCAAGGCACAUGGGCUUUCGACUGUUUAUCCGUCGACCUCGCCUUCGACGACGAUGCCCACCCUAUCAUCAGCUACAGCCGCUCCUGUUGGGCGGAGAAUCCCACAAUCAACUUCUCAGACGGGCCAUGGAUAUGGUCUCCUAGUGGUGCAAAAGGCAUCCAAUAUCCCAACUCAACAACAGCGAUGCCUCCUAAGGACUCCAAGGGCAAUCAAUACACACCGAUGAUUUGGGACAUCAGCUACGGCAAAUCCCCAGACUGGAGCUUUCAGGACGUCGAACCCAUCAACAAGGACCACCGUUCAAAUUGGCGUUGGUACUAUGUCUUAGGGUACCAAUCAGAUAACAACGACACUGUAAUUCGAACGCAGAACUUUUGGCUUGUGCCUGAACCCAUGCCAUCAUCACCAGCUACAGUGGUCGAACCUAACACGCAGUAUCAGACCAUGUUGCGUACCAUCCAUCUGGACGACACAGGGACAUCACCACUGCUUAUUGGGCUACGGAGUUAUAGUGAUAAUACAUCAAAGGUGUUGUUUUUUCCAAAUGACUAUUAUAUCCCACAAUUGCUUGUGCCUCCUGUAUCGUCGCCUAGUGCACCAAUACAAUUGUUUGGUGAUGUGCCUGGCAAGGCAGUCUGGAUUGAAGCCACGACUAGGCCAUAUUCGGGAGGUAUAGACUCGACAGUGAGCUUUGGCAUCGAUGUCUUCGGCAUCUUUGAGAUUACAGAUUCGAUUGGCAAGUUGACGGGCGUUGAAGUGUGGCAUACACAGACUCUGGAUGGGUUGAUUAUCAGGGAGGACUUUGGUAUUUUUACGCGAGAACCAGAUGGUAAAUGGGUCAGCGAUGUCAUCACCUCAUCUUCUGCUGCUACUACUGGCACCAAGGCACAGUGUUAUUCAGUCGAUAUUGCUUCAGUUGAUGACAAUGGACUUCCUACUCCCGGUGUCAAGGGCACUUUCGGAACCUCGAUUGCUACAAUCAUCAAUAUCAAUGGGUCAGAUGUUGCCUUGCAGCCAGGCCACGAGGUCGAUAUCACAUUCAAUCUGGCUGGUAGAUGUGGACUUACGGUGGAAACCUGGGGAUCAAUUAUUCCUAAUACUUACUCGUUGUGGGUCAAGGGAAUGGAUGACGACGCCCGCAUCGACAUCCAACCUGGUCCUCAAGAUCUUCACACCAAACUCGCCAAUGUCACAGCCGACCAAGUGAAGGCAAUCGCCGGUCCGAAAGUUGACGACGCUCAUAUCCAAACUGCAGUACAAUGCCUUCGGGAGAUAUCCACCAUAGUAACCGGACCACCAGAGCUUCUAAGCAGCAUCAAAUCCGAAUACCUCCACCCCAGGACAUCCCCACAUAUCGCUCGAUCAAGCAGACAAGGCCACUCCAGCCAUCGUCUCGGGAAGUUGCCGGUCGGCUACGAACAUGCAUUCCAUAUCUCGUUCAAGAACGGCUUCUCCUGCACCAAGCUACGCCGCGCCCAAGCCGAAGCCUUGAUGAAAGAACUCUCCUCUCCCUUCGGUUUCCUUGGCACAGACUGGGGCGAUCUUUGGAACAAUCUCAAAGGCGGCAUAUUUUCCGUAGUAGACAUUGUCGUUAGCGUCGGGGAAUCAGCCGUCAACAUCGUCAUGAGCGGCAUCAGCGCUCUGAAGGAUGCCGCGAACUGGGUGUGGAAAGGCAUCGUGGAUCUGGCCACGCAAGCUGCCGACAUUGCAGGGGCGGUGUUCGAGUACAUCAAGAGCACUUGGGACCUGGUUGUGCAGUGGCUAGGAUUCUUAUUCAACUGGGGUGAUAUCAAACUCACAGCGCAACAUUUCCAGAAGGUCGUGCAUGAUACUGACAUGGCACUAUUGGACUUCAUUGACAAUACACUGCAGCCACUGGGCACGAAGUUCUUUGACAAUGUUAGGGCGAACAUGGAUUCGUGGUUCACCUCAGCGGGCAGCACAGUGGGACAUAAGACAUUUGGUGAGUAUGCAAAUAGUUCUGUUACAGCAAAAGGGCAAGUGGGCAGCGUUUUCCCGGUGCUUGACAUCCUCGACGAAAUUCCCUCGCCAGGCAUGUGGUUACUCAAUAAGCUACUUGGUAUCCUCGAGUGGGUUUUCGAAGGCGAGCCCAUUGAGGCCGGUAAUGACACUGGAAUCGAUGUUUUCCUCACGUCCAUGAGAGGCAUCCUUGACACAUUAUACGACCGCCAGCUUCAGGCUGACUGCAAAGCCGCCAUUCAGUCGGUGCAGAACAUGAUCGAUAGCAUCACCACUAAUAGCAUCUUCGACUCCAUCACCCUCGGUGCAGUCAUGUCCGUCAUCCACGCUCUGGCGACCGUCAGCAUCGAUCUAGUUAAGAACCUCUUCACGCUGCUCCUCAAUGUCUCUAGAUAUAUCGUCGCCCGAAUGAUCAAGUUCAUUGAAAACCCUAUAUACCUUCCUGGUAUAUCGUGGCUCUAUGAGCAAAUCACCGGUACUUCGAUGCCAAGUUUGAGCGAAGUCGUUUGCUUCUGCCUUGCCAUUCCUUUCACCUUCGCUUUCAAAAUCAUCUACAACGAGGCGCCUUAUGUGUCGUCGUCCAAGGAUGGAAAUGUCGUGCGGAGUAAUACACUCACCAUGUCUGGUGAUCAAUGGGAACAUGCGGCACACGCAGUGUUCAAGCUGUGCACCACUGGCUAUGGUUUAUGGAGUGAUAUAGAGACAACAGCUAUCAAAGUCAAUACUUCACGGAGCCAAGUGGUCUGGACGAUCCUUCGAUUCCGAUCCCUUGCCUCAGUAGCCCCUGGUUUUAAUAUCACGGCUCCCAACAACACAAGCAAUGUCGACUGGGAGGCCAAAACAAUGGGCUACCUAACCAUCAUCCUCACUGUUUUGCGCGUCAGUGGGGGUUAUAUUGACAUGAAGAUCAGCGGUCGACCGUUGAUAAGUUCGAAGGAGGCAACAGUCCGUGAUAUGUAUUUGGUGGCUGAAGGAUUCUUAGGGAUAGCACAGUUGAUUUGUGGUAUAUAUGAGGCCAGCCAAAACCCAGCUGCCGGGCAUGAUACCAUCGCAACCGUACAGCUCUUCUUCAGCGGUUUCGGAAAUGUGUGCGGUUUUUGCAAGACUUCGGUCGCAGGGACACAAGUUAACCUCGUUGCUUCAGUGGUCAGUUCGUUUGCCUAUAUGGGCGUCAUAUCGACUGAUUUCGCUUUGGCGGCUAAACCGGCGCCUUCGGUAAAGAAGGCAAUCACUGGAGGAGCGGAUGAGGUGGAACUUGAGGAGUAG